ACUUUUUCUUUAUGACCAUUAUACACCAUGACGAUAAUCCGGCCGACGAAGGCUACGUAGAGCAAGGCUUCGAGGCUCCAGCCUAUAUGCAGUAUUGGACUCACGAGCAAAAAGCAGAAUUCGCCUACCAAAUACUGCUCACUGUCCCAACCUCGGGGGUGUUAGCUGUAGUUGAGCGACUGACUCCAUUACUUCACAGAGAUUUACUUGUGUUAUUGCCAUACGAGGUUUCACUUCUCAUUCUCAGCUUCACCGACAUCAACACUCUUGCCCAGGUCAGCACAGUAUCUCGGCAAUGGAGAAAGCUCAGCCAAGACCAACUUCUCUGGCGCAAACUGUAUAUGCAAGAAGGUUGGGGGGUUGAUCAGGAGGCCAUUAAACGCUAUAUUGACGGCGGAAUCAUGGACCUGACUGACUCUCAAGGUUCGAGGGAAGAAGAAGACGAAGAAGAUAUGCAUGAUAUUAGUAUGCCAGAAACAUCCACUCGCACCAGAGCCUUGACAGCCGUCCCAUUAGCACGUACCACUGCGCCAUUGUACAAUCCAUCUGCAGUUCCCACAAUGCCUGGUGCGCCUCAAACCAGUAGGCUUCGAUCACUACGAAGGCCAGGAGAACUAUUGACACGUUUAAGACAGCGCAGAUCAUCCCCCCUAACCCCGUCUGUUAUCCCUACUGCUCCCAGAAUUAUGAGCUCGUCUACUUCACUGCCAACUCGGAUGAACGUAGACGAUGAUCUCAUUACCAAGGAAAUGGAUAGCGAACUUAUGGAAAUUACCAAUCAUAAACAAGAUGACCCCGAAGAAACGAUUUAUGAAAUCCACCAACAUCCAAUUAGUGGAUCUCGCAUGAUCAACUGGAGGCACUUAUAUCAGCAACGAUAUCAACUGGAGAAAAGAUGGAAAAGUGGAGAAUUUCAAGUCCGGGAGAUUUCUUCCAACCCAAGUCGUCCAGAUGCCCAUACAGCAGGCAUUUAUUGCAUUCAAUUUGAUGAUGAAAAAAUUGUCAGCGGCAGCAGAGACCAUACUGUCAAGGUUUGGGACAUGCAAACCGGUGCUUGCAUACGUACACUUUGGCAACAUACCGCCAGUGUUUUGUGUCUUCAAUAUGACCAUCGGUUCAUCAUCAGCGGCAGUAGCGACAAAACCAUCAAACAAUGGGAUAUCAACACUGGCGAACUCAUUAGAAGCCUGAAUGGCCACACAGAAUCGGUUUUGAACUUGCGAUUCGACGAGAAUCAUAUUGUCAGCUGUUCGAAAGAUCGAACUGUGCGAGUUUGGAGUGUCCAUAGCGGCUCUGUACUACGACGCCUUGUAGGUCAUCGGGCAGCUGUCAAUGCCUGCCAGUUCAAAGACAACUUAAUUGUGUCGGCCUCUGGAGAUCGCACCAUCAAACUUUGGGACCUGGAAACAGGUGCUUGCCUUCGAACGUUUGAUUCUCAUAGUCGUGGUAUUGCCUGUGUCCAAUUUGAUGGCAAGAUCAUUGUCAGUGGAUCCAGCGAUCAAACCAUCAAAGUCUGGGAUGUAGCCACCGGUGAAUGCACUCAAACCCUCACGGGGCAUAGUAAUCUGGUACGUACUGUGCAAUUUGAUACUUUGAACGACCGAAUCGUAAGCGGUAGUUAUGAUGAAUCCAUCAAAAUCUGGAGCAUGAAACGUGGUCAGUGUUUGCAUACCUUGCGCGAUAGCCUUCAAUCCAAGGUGUUUCGAUUGCAAUCCAACGAUACGAAGAUUGUUUGCUGCUCUAACAACCCAAAGAUCGUGAUCUAUGACUUUGGUGUUGGCAUUGAUACCACCUUUUUUGCCUGAACACAGUCUUUUCAUAAUAUACCCCCACUACUUUUUCUUCAUCACUCCCAUUGCACCACUGUAUUAUGCUUGCCUUUCCGUAUGUAAAUCCAAUUGUCCAUUCUUUUUUAGUCAGUUUUUUAAUGCCGAACAAUGUGAAGAAUGUGUAUACAAUACUUUUCAUAAAGUAAAAAUGGAUGAUAGAAAAAAAAGUGGUAACAAAUACAAACGCUAGCAGCGGAGGAAGGGGUG